GACUCGAUCGACGGAACACUUGGAAGAGGUACCUCCUGAACAAAAGCUCGGGCGGAAGCGGCGGCACGCCGCAGCACACUUCCGGCACGUCGACCGACACCGAACUGACCACUCUCGACACCCACGAGCUCUGGCUGCCGGAAAGCGAGCCGCCACCCUCGGCCAUGUCCGCCUUGCACGCCUUCGGCGCGGAGAUGCUGAAGCUGUCGAGAGGUCUCGAGGGUAUGGCCGGCAGCCCCGGUAAUCAAACCCCGUCAAAAUCGACUCUCCAGCAUCAGCAACAGGUGCAGCUGCAGCACCAACCGCAGCUGCAGCAACAGGUGCAGCUGCAGCAACAGCACCAGCUGCAGCUGCAGCAACACGGUCCCUCGCCGCGCAGAUGCAGCUUCCGCAACGGGUAUGCCGAGUCAGAUAUGUGUUUGCGAAUCGCAAAUCUUUCUGUCAGCUUGCUCUUCGUGUUCUAUCCAUUGGAUGUUUUGUCAUUUGUCAUAAUGUAUCAUUUAUAGAAUCAUUAAUAUGUGUACGACGUGUGUGAGAGAGGAAAAUUCUUCCCUAUGUGUUUAUAUAAUUUGAAUAAAUGGAGGCUAAACAGUCGGCUCAGCUAAUUGAAAAAUGUAUAAAUCGAAGAUAUAAAUUAAUAAAAAUUA